UUCUGGUGAGGUCUCAUCUUCUGCCAAAAUGAGGCUGACGCUCGGCUCGCCUCGACCCGUCCCGCUAGCCGUCCUGGCUCUCACCUUAAUCGCCUUCUUACCUCAGCUGUCCUCAGGAGCCACGCCGUUCCCCCAAGACCUGGAACCAAUCAGCGUUGUGGGCAGAGAGUCCUCCUACCUCUACCCCAGCUUCCAGGGACUUAUGUCGGACAAUGACACCGUCCGUCUGGGCCUGGACUUCCAGAGGAUGCUGAGGAUCAACCACAUGCUCUACAUCGCUGCUCGGGACCAUGUGUUUGCCAUCAAUCUUGCCUCUUCAUCGGAGCAGAUAAUCCCACAACAGAAAUUGACUUGGAAGACGAAGGAUGUGGAGAAGUGCACUGUGAGAGGAAAAAACAGCGACGAAUGUUACAACUACAUCAAAGUGCUGGUGCCACGCAAUGACGAGACACUGUUCGCCUGCGGCACCAACGCCUUCAACCCCACCUGCCGUAACUAUAAGAUGUCGACACUGGAGCAGGAAGGGGAGGAGGUGGUGGGACAGGCUCGCUGCCCCUUCGAGUCCCGCCAGUCCAACGUUGGGCUUUUUGCAGGUGGAGAUUUCUACUCAGCCACCAUGACUGACUUCUUGGCAAGCGAUGCAGUGAUUUAUCGCAGCCUAGGAGAGAGUAGCCCCGUUCUUCGUACAGUCAAGUAUGACUCCAAGUGGCUGCGAGAGCCCCAUUUCCUCCACGCUAUUGAGUACGGGAACUACGUGUACUUCUUCUUCAGCGAAAUCGCAGUGGAGUACACCACUCUUGGCAAGGUGGUUUUCUCCAGAGUCGCACGCGUUUGUAAGAACGACAACGGCGGUUCCCCGAGGGUGCUGGAACGUUACUGGACGUCAUUCCUCAAAGCUCGGCUGAACUGCUCCGUCCCCGGCGAUUCCUUCUUCUACUUUGACGUGCUGCAGUCGCUGACCAACGUGCUGCAGAUCAACCACAGGCCGGCCGUGCUCGGAGUCUUCACCACACAGGCCAACAGCAUCACCGGCUCAGCAGUCUGUGCUUUCUACAUGGACGACAUAGAGAAGGCCUUCAGUGGCAAAUUCAAAGAGCAGAGGAACAGUGAGUCAGCGUGGACACCCGUUCCAGAGGAGCAGGUCCCAAAACCGAGGCCGGGCUGCUGCGCUGGCGAAGGCUCAGCAUCCGCCUACAAGUCGUCCACCACCUUCCCUGACGACACGCUGACUUUCAUCAAGUCGUACCCGCUCAUGGACGAGUCGGUCCCCUCGGUCAACGACAGACCUUACUUCACCCGCACCACCAGCAGGUUUAAGUUGACCCAGAUAGCAGUGGACACCUCAGCAGGGCCGUACAAGAACUACACCAUGGUUUUCCUGGGUUCAGAUAACGGUCAUGUGUUGAAGAUCCUUGCUAGCACCGAGGGAACCAACGCUUCCUUCAGCACCCAACUUCUGGAGGACAUCGACGUCUACAACCCCAACAAAUGCAACGUGCGGGGCGAGGACAGGAGGGUGCUGGGUCUCGAGCUGGAUCGGGAUCAUCAUGCGUUGUUCGUUGCCUUCUCCAGCUGUGUGAUCCGUGUGCCGCUCAGCCGCUGCUCGGACUACACCACCUGCAAAAAGAGCUGUUUGUCUUCACGGGACCCUUACUGCAUUUGGCUCAAGUCGGGUAGCUGUGCCACAGUCUCUCCUGGAUUCAAGGGCGGGUUUGAACAGGAUGUAGAGAACGGCUACCAUCAGCUCCCCGAUACCUGCCACGAUGUCCUGGCGACCACUCGCAAGCAAAACACGGCACUAGAUUCAGCGUAUGGUGUGAGACGGCCACCGGAGCUGGACAAGACCCAUCACAGCGUCCAUUAUACGCUCCUGAUCGCUUGUGUUUUGGUGGCCUUCGUCCUUGGCGCCUUCCUCUCUGGCUUCCUGGUCUCCUGCUACUGUAAUCACACGGGCCACAAGACCAAGAAAUUAACAAAAGAUCCUGAGGCCCCGAUUCCACACGCCCUAUCACUCCGCAGCCUGGCGAAACUCAACGGUCUCUUGGACAGCCAAAGCAAGGAUGACAAGCUGGAAGUGUCAUCUCCAAAGAUCUACAACUCUUUCUUUGCCAACGGCAAGGAGCAUCACCAACCGAAGAGAAAUGGACAUCAUGGAAUGACCAUGGGAGAUCUGGUCCAUCCUCACCAUCACCACCUCCAUCAUUCCUCUGAGCUCUCAGGUCUGCCUACACCUGACUCGACCCCAGAACUGCCCAUCAAGAGCAUGAAAGCGUUCAAGAACCAGUGGGAGAAGAACCAGAAUUGCAACAAUGCCAAGGAGCCAAAGUCUCACAAUACUGGCUCCAGGCCCAGCUCUGCACUGCUUCCCCAACAAGUAUUCCCCUACUCCCAUAGCCUGUCCAAUGGGCAGCCUCUGGUAGGUCACCUCCAUCCAGAGGAACGCAAAAUCCACAACGUUGAACGCGUAUUAUCUCAGCAGCCUUACCCUGGUUACUCUCAGAAGGUGAUGGAGGUUACCUCACUGGAUGAGCUCCUGAAGCACAUCCACGAGGCAAGCAGCAGCAAGAACUCACAGUUAAUAAGCCCAUCCGGUCUGAUGGCCAGUGGUGGAUGCCAGCUAGCCUUUGCCAACCGCAUUCAACCUCAGAUCCCUGAGACAGAAUCAGCACCCUACUACAGCUCAUCCACUUUACCCCGAGACAGCCUUACCCGACGCAUGGAUGUUCCUCCAGAUAUCCCCCCACACCACCAGUCCACCCUGGAGAGGAGGCACUCCUCCCAGAGGCACUCGCUGAUUGCUGCAGCCACAAAGAUGCCCAAUGGAGGUGGAGGAGGGGUCGUCGGAGGAAUGAUCCCUCGCCAGCACAGCUUCAGCCAACGAAAUGGCGGGCCCCACCAGCCACCUCCCCUCCUAGCACGGAUGAACUCAACGGGAAGUGCCUGUGAGGUUCACUACCCCCUCAUCCCCAAUGGGUACCUGACACGCCAGCACAGCUACAAUGGAGAUCAGCAGGAGAUCCAACACAGGGGCGCUAUUGUUCGCCGGGCCGCCUCUCUCAAACCCGACGUCCCACCCAAGCCCUUGUUCAUACCUGCCACGUCCCCCGUUAACCAACAGGGAAAGUUCAACUACUGAGGAGGUAAACUCCUGGACUAAAGAGGGAGUCUCCCUCAUUGUGUCUUCUUAAAGGAACUUCCCUUAGAAGAAAUGCAGUGGGUUCGAGGUUGCAGACCUUCACCAGAAAACACAACCAAUCGUGUGGCAGCCAGUGUCACUGUGGACAAAAGCCUCAACCAAACAUGUUUUUUCCCCUUCUUUUUGUCCAACGAAUAUCUUUGUACCAUAUUGGUAUUGCUCAGCUACUUGCUUAUUAUAGAACCGCUGACUUGGGUGACGUGACGCCACCUCCUUAUAUUAGGCUGCCAAUGUCCUCAGUGUGGAUUUACAAUGCAACUUAGUUUUUGGACGCAUUGAUGUUGGAAGAACUACACAUCAGUCAUCUUGAAGACUUGUAAGCCAGAGGCUUCUGCGAUGCUUAGAUUCAUGCUUUUGCUUAACCUUUUCUGAUGUAGUGUUGGUAACCAGUCCCCGCCCGCCCCACCCUCGAAUGUGUUUAUAUUAUGCAUGUGUGUGUAUAUAUAUGUGUGUUUAUAUCCACACCGUAUAUGUAUACAUAUACAUAUGCAGUAUAUGUAACCUGUGGUGAAAAGUCAGCAAAUUCCCCUGAAAGUAGUUAUGUCUUUGCCUUACUAUACUCUUUCAUCUUUGGGCAUAUUAAACGAUCCCCUACCCUAGGAAAUAUCUUAGGGACACCAAAUCAUGCACUUCAUCAACACAACUCAUUGUCAGUUGGCUAAAAACAAUUAACCACAUUUAUUUGUGUUGACAAGAGAAAGGAAACACUUCAACAAUGCAGCUAUACUCGUUAUUUUCUCUUUUCUUCUCCCGUCCCAGCAUAUGUCAGGUGAUUUAAUCGGGUCCAUUAAAGUUCCUUGAGAAUGUUUCUAUAAGAUUGGUGCUCCACAAAUCUAGUGGGUCUAACGUCCUCUGAAAUGGAAAUUAACUAUACCGUGUCAGCUAAAAUAUUUUGGACCCAAAGAGGACAAGACAAACAUGCCAUGCCAUGCCAUGCCAUCUGAGAGAAUGAACAUAAAAUAUAGAACAGACUGCAGUUAUUAUAAUUAUUAACUUUGUGGCUAUUGGUUGUAAAUAAAGGAAUAAUUACUAGCCAAAUUUUAACUGUAUGUGUAAAUGUGUGCCUUAUUUAAUAAUAGUGUGUGACAUGGGGAGUAGGGGUUAAU